UUAUAAAUGACCAUUGGAUUUGAAUCGUACUCAUCACAGAAAACCAACGCAUUCCCUCAUCACAAAAAUUGACUUAUCCCUUCAUCCUCUAGCAAUGGCUACUUUUGAUGCUGAACUCAGGGCACAAAUGAACCAACUCUUUGAACCUGCAGGGUCAGCGUUCUGUCGCGACGAGAUUCGAUACCCAACUUCCUCCGGGCAGUCGAGCGCUGGCACGCCCGAUCGAUCAUUGAGUGGAUCCCCCUGCAGCAGCAGUGUAACAUUAUGUGAGGAAGUCGAAGAAGAAGCUCACAAACUCAAGGAUGACCAGCUCAGUGGGGCAUUGGUGCAGGAAACCGUGUCAAGCAUCCACUCGCGUCACAUUCAAGCGAUGAAAGCCGAGUUCAACCCGAAUGCCGCGGUAUUCAUUCCUUCGUCUCCCAUCAUCCGCCUUUUGGCGUCUGGCCGUGCUCCUUCAACUAUUGGCAUUACGCAGACAUGGCAGGAUAUCCUCCGCUUUGGCACACAGAUAACUGAUCGCCCUUUCCGACUUCGCCUGGUGCGACAAUUGUUUGAUAUGGGUCCAUGGACGUUCAAUGCACUGUGCGACCUUGCAUGGCAUUUCUACUUGGCAGUUGCGAACAAACCGAGCAUUAUGAACCUUGGACCGGAGGCCGCAAUCUUUGCGGUAGAAUUCCGUGAUGCAUUGAGGAUCCAUGACUCCGAAUGGGACUCCAGCUGCUUCGUAUUCCACCUGCAAAAGUAUGCCUUAGAGCACUUCAAACCAUACUGGUGUUCUCAUGAUAACCCAUGGGCUAUCUCCCUGCGGAAUAAACCUGACGUCAAGCGAUGGAAGGCCGCGUUGGAUUUGUCUGGCUUCAUAGCAGACAUGUUCGCAUUCGACAUCAUCAAAGCACCGACCAUGCACGAGUGCCUGGGGAUUCUGUUACACGAGAUGGUCAGCGUGGAACAUGUGCGCGCUGUCCAAACCAUGGUUAAACGCGCCGGCCCGACAUUAUGGCAAACAGCCGAUAGUCAUGAACGCCUCCAGGAAUUCACCACACGUUUCUUGGAGCGCACCAGCUUAUUGCCAGAUAAUGCAAAUCCUGACUGAACUAGAAAACUCCAUCAAGAAAGCGAUACGGGAUGAUAAUAUUAUUUGGCUGAUGGGUGAAUGGCAUGCGCAGCGGUCCGAGUGCCCUUCGCCCGUGGUAAAGUCUGUUUGGGUGUAACUUGGGUUUAACUCCUUAUAAUAUUUCGAUCUACUUAUAAUGUGUUGGUGCUUAAUAUGCAGU